AAAGGCAGCAAUACGCGUUUGCUGCGUUUAGAUAACAGAAGAAGAAGAAAAGGCAACAGUAGCGGCAGCAGAAGAAGAAGAUGGAGAAGAAGAAGCAGUAGCAGUAGCAGAAGAAGAAGAAAAAAUAAUAAUGUAGUGUAUCAUGUACUGACAGUGGCUGCAAGAACGCCUGAACUGCUUGGUAUAUAUUAUUAUUGUCACCAUAACUCAAUGUUUUACGUGCUGUGUCCCGGACAAAAUCGUGAUAAUGGAAGAAGAGCAUCAGCUGCGCUCUUUCAUGUUCCUGAUGACUUAUAUGCUACUGAAGCGCAGGAGGGACAUAAACAACGCAAACAUCCAGAGGCGCAAUGAGAUCCAAAGACGCGUCAGACACCGACAGUACUUCUUCCAGAGGCAGAGGAGGAUGCUUUUGAUGAUGAUAGCAGAAGGUAUCCGCUCCAACGUCCACAUCCGAACACGCCCUUGGACCACCACUCCAAGCACUGAUUGGUGGGAGCGAGUGGUGAUGACAGAAUUCCAGCCCUCUGAUUGGCUGGAUAAAUUCCGUAUGAGCCGGGAGACGUUCUUCUACCUGUGUGACAAGCUGCGGCCCCGUCUAGCUCGCCAGGCCACCAGCUUCCGCCUGGCGCUGCCAGUGGAGAAACGUGUGGCUGUGGCUCUGUGGCGUCUAGCAUCAAACAUUGAAUACCGCACCAUCAGCACCCUUUUUGGUGUGGGGAAAUCCACAGUGUGCAGGUGUGUUAGAGAUAUGUGCCACGCCAUUGUGGCGCUGCUUAGCCCAAUCUACCUGCGGCCCCUCAGUGAGCAGGACCUGGAGGAUUCAGCUCAGCUUUUCCUAUCCCACUGGGGCUUCCCUCAUUGUGUCGCUGCCAUAGCAACACUCCACACCGCUAUCAUCACUCCAUCAAACAACGCAUCUGACUAUGUUAACUCUGCCGGCUGGCUCUCAGUGCUGUCACAGGUGGCUGUUAGUGGCCGUGGCCAGUUCUGGGAUGUAUGUGCCAGUUUCCCAGGCGGGACAGACCCAGCUGACAUCUUUCAGAACUCAUCACUGUGGGCCACAGCUGCAGAGGGGGGACUGUCACCUGCCCCUCUGCCUAUUUUUAUGGGAAAACAACUCAGGUAUGUGCUGCUGGGGGAGGCCUGCUACCCACUGCAAAACUGGCUGAUGAAGGCCUACCCUGAAGAAGAAGGCAGGAGGGCAAGUCGUGCAGCACUGACGACACCACAGCGGCUUUUUAAUCGGCGACUCAAAAGGGCAGUGCAUGUGUCCGAGGAGGCGCUGCUGAGGCUGAGGGCACGCUGGCAGUGCCUCAGCAAGAGGAACGACUGUGGACUGGAUGUGGUGCCCACUAUGACCCUGGCUUGCUGCAUUCUGCACAACAUGUGUGAGUCCCACGGGGAUGCCUUUAAGGUGGAGUGGCAGGUGGAGGUGGCCGAGUCAGAAAGCCCUCAGCCCAUCCACAAGCAGCUCCUGUCAACAAACAUGGACCAAAGUCAUGCUGAGGAGGUCCGACGCCUCUUUUGUGACUAUUUUGAACAGCAAAAUUGAUAAAAGGACAAAUAUUAUUGAGAAUUUUUGUAAACCUUUGUAUUUACACUGUUAUACAUUUGUAACAAGUUAGCAGCAUGGCUGUACUUGUUUUUUUAGUCCAGUAUUAACAUGUCUUUAUGCUAACUGUAGCUAGGUAUGAUAAAGCAUGGCAAUGUUAGCAUACAUCUCAAACCAUAGUAGAACCUAAAUGCACUUCAAUCUGACAAUGUGAUACUCUACAAUCACAAUACAUCCAUGAAAUUUAGGUAUGAACUGUGGUGCUGUAAUGAUCUAUAAAUAGCAACAUCUCCCUUUACCCACACUUUUAUUUUCUAUUGUGUAAUAAGCACCAUAAACCGAACAGGCUGCUAGCAGGGCUAUAGACUUUUUCUAUUUAUCAUAACCCUUUGGUCAUUUUGUUUUGUACAUUUUUAUAUAGUGUGCCAUUGUACAAGAAUUCCAGUUUUAUUGAAAGUAAUUUUUGUGUACAUAUGUUUCUCCUGUUUUUAUGCAGUUUUAUUUCACAUUUAGUAAGAUUGUAACCAGUUUUUUAUUUAAACACAUUUCACAUAUGAGACUAGUGUGACAUAACUAAAUGGACAGAUAAAAUAUGUGUAAGGAGGAGGAAGUGUAAAGAUAAGCAUGAAUUUUGACUCUGUAGGUAGAUAGGCUACUUGAAUAAACAUGUUAAAGAAACUGAGAAGAGACAGUUGAUCAUGAAGAUGCAUAUUCUACAUGUUUCUGAGUGCCAAGAGGCACUUAAAUGAAAACUGUGAGCAGAAGUUACCUGCAACUGUGGGCCACAAAAUGCCACUGCUGUCACAGUACAAGACCACCGCUGUCCUCGCUAAGAUUUUGUCUUGUCUGGUACACCUUGCAUUAUACUGCAGGUUGUAGCUGAAGUAAUGGAAGUGCUUAUUGCAACGUCUUGUCUUGAUAACCAGUUAACAUGUAGGGCUACACUGUAGGAACAUUUUUCAGCAGUGCAGAAUAUUGCCAAGCAUACAUGCAGCAGGUGUUGGACUUGAUUUAGCAGUGAUCUCACAUGCAGUGCCUAUGAAAUAUAAAAACAAACAAACAAAGCAGUUCUUCCUAAUUCAUACAGAUUGGGUUUUGC